UAAACUUAUUAAAUAGAUGACAUGACUGUCCUUGAAGAUAUUUUGGCUAAAGGGGAAGUCGAAGAAGAGCUUUUGGUAGAGUUAUCAGACGAGCAGAAAGUUGUUUUAUUUUACAAAAUUCGCCAAGAGCAGAUCAAACGAUGGGAAAAGCACUAUAACAAUGUCACAGAUGAAAGCAAAGUUAACCGUAAAACCGAGUUUCUCAAGGGCACUGAUGGAAAUGAUUGGGUAUGGGUCAUGGGAGAUGCACCUGGUGAUGAGAGUUACGACCAAGUCUGGGUUAAGUACGCACUACAGUAUGCCGAGCAGGAAGUAGCGAAACAACAGGGCACUGGAACCAUAAAUGCGUCUAUAAACAAUAAUGUACCUGUAUCGUCUGUUGAAGAGCUGAAAGGAGUUCAAAGAGUUGCUGCCGUUGCAGCUAGAAUUGACGCACAGACCAUUAGCGAAUACCCAUCCGCGAAUUGCAACACAAACAAGGAGCUUGAAGAAACAGCGCAAGAAAAACAAAAUGUCGACAAGGAAUUUUUUGAAGCGCGAGCUGUAGCGAACGAAGACAGUUCUAAACCAGAUUCAGGAGACUUUUCGUUGAACGCAAAGAAUGUAAUCACUUCGGUAGAUGAACCGCAAGAUUCGUCCGCAACGAUUUCUUCGCUUUCCGAAAACUAUCCGAUUGACCAAUCAGGUACAAGUGUAGAGAUUUCUUCGCUGGAAGAAGCAGGUGAUAGUAGACUGACCCCCACAUUGGAGGACGAAAAUAACCAAAAUGACGCAAGAGAUAACUUCAAUUUUGUUGAUGAUGAUGUUGAUGAAAAGUUCCCUCUCGAAGGGGAUGAUAAUCUUGACAUGCUGGAAUCGGUCAGCAAUCAAAACGAUUCGGAUUCGAGCGAGGAGCACAUGCCUUUCCCGGUAGAGCAACCAGAAACAGAUGCUCAAAAAGGAACUGAAAUAUCAAACUUGCAAACGGCUCAGGAAAACCGCGGCUCCUCUGUUUCUCCAGAUGUCGUGUCUGAAUCUUUGGGCUCUGUCCAGGACAGAAUGAAAGCGUUUGGAUCAACCGUUGGGUCUAAAUUUCAACCCAAAUCUAGAAAUGCUCCUGCGGUACCAGCUAUUCCGGUGUACAGGCCUAAACUGUCACAAAACAACUUAACCUCGGAACCAGAGAUGAAGUUUCCUGUUGUAACUGAGAACCGAGGUACAAUAGCGGAAUCAGUCAGACCUAACUCACAGAACCCGAAUCCUAAUAAUGCGACUUUCGAGGCAAACUUUGGACGCUUUAACUCAUAUAAACCGACUCCAGUUCAACCGCCGAUGUAUAGACCAACAUAUAACGGAAAUCAGCCAAUGCCCUUCUACGCUCCUCAACGCACAAGUCCUUCUACUAGCGACAGGACAACUUGGUCUGCUUCUGUAAAUUAUCCAAAUAACCCUUCACCUGUUAAUCGUUCGCAUUUCUCGCCGAACUCGUCACAAAAUGGUUCCAACAUGACGUUCGACUACAAUAUUUCAGGAUCCGGAUCUGUUUUACAACCUGGAAGUAAUUUUUCCUCCUUGUCCAGGACCAGCAACGGGUCAUCAGGUCAAGGUCAAAUUAAAACAAACCCUUACGCACGACCACCACAGACUACCCAGAACGGCAAGCCAAUUGUUCCUCCGAGAAAUAUGACGUCCUACCCACACUUGAACCAAAGUGGUCAGAGUCACUCCCCUGGACCUGAGACGCCGCCAUUGUCAUCCAUAAAUCUGGAUGACAGUGUUUCCCAGCUCAUUGCAAAGCAGAAUGUGAUGGUGCAGAAAUUCCUGCGGCAGUCGAUCAUCAGAGACGAAGAACAGGCGAAUAAACUGCAGGCCACUUGGGAGGAAAGCGAACGGAAAGCGAAAGAGCAAGACGAGAGGUUAAAGCAGGAGAACCAACGCUACCGGGAAAUGGCGAGACGCGUGAUAAACGAACAACUUCCUGUACCUCUGAGCAGGGCCUUUCUGCUGUCCAGCGACAAGAGUGCGGCCGAUGCAGCUGGACCCCAGAGCAAGCAGGAGGUGAUCCAGUGGUUCCAGCGGGAAGAGCUCGAUAGCAGGGCUGGCUGUGAACCACAGUCUGGUGCUAUUUGCGUUUGGUUCCAUGGAAUCAUCAACCGAAGUAAAGCCGAACAGCUAUUGCGUCAUCUGACAAUUGGUUCUUUCCUGGUGCGAGUGAGCGAGAAGAUUUUCGGCUACACUCUCUCCUACAAGUCACACGACAGGUGCAAACAUUUCCUGAUAGACAAACACGACGGAACCUACCAGUUCUUUGGCCUGAACAUGAAACGGCACAGCUGUCUUUAUGACCUGGUGAACUACCACCGGAACAAGCCCGUUUCAGCCAGUGGGAAUGAACUGCUGGUGUACCCGGUGGGACAAGUGAACGGUCAGCCUCUGGACUACGCGGAGUUGUUCCAGAGGAACCUACUGCUGUCGAAACAGAACAGCGCAAACAACCACAACAGUGGAAAUUCACUGUCUAGUUUACCGGUUACCAACGGAGGGAAUAAUAUUAAUAGUGCGGGUGGACCUGAUAGAUCGAACGCUGCAAAUGGAGCGUCUUCUGCUAACACUUUCGUCUAUCCUAACAGAAACUUAGCACUAGCGACCAGGUUUUAAACUGGAAAUAGAACUGGAUUAAAAAUUUAUUGAUUCGUAAUAUGGAAAUACCUUCUCUUAAAGUUUGAAGCUAAAGUAGUUUUGAUAUCUUUUGGAAAUAUUAGUUUAUGUUGUAUUUAAU